AUGACGGCCGACCUCGUUUUCUGCGAGGUGAAAAAGGAGCAGGACGGCGGAAGACACAGCGCUGUCGUGGAGGCGCUGGAAAAGUGGUGUUUUUUGCCGUACCCGGAGUGCACCCGCAGUCGGCUGGAGCAGGUGAAUAUAUUUUUUGUGGCCUCCUGCCGCACCCCAGCGACGGACACGACGGAAGGUGCGGAGGAUGUUUCGUCGGCAAUGGUCGGCGUGGUGGGGGUCGUGUGGGUGCCUCUUGCGCCCGGCGUCCAGGUGGAAGGUUACAUUCAGCUUGUCCUUGUGCUGCCAACGCAUCGCAGACGCCACAUUGCACAGCAGCUGCUGCGACGUGCCUUGCGGCUUGUGGAGGGCGGCGACCCGAGCAGAAAGAUUGUCCGGUGGCGGUUGCACACAAUGACGCCAUCGCAGCAAACCACUGCGUACCUCCGCAGGGUGUUGCCCGAAAGCGAUGACUCGGCGUCGCGUGAGCAGUUGCUGGAGGAGAUGGAGCGGCUGGUGGCUGCUGUGCCACGCGUGUACGAGACCCUGGGGUUUGACAUUCGAAGGAACAUGUACGCGUACUACGACAACUCCGCAGACGCGGUGGAGAUGGUGAAGGUUGUGCAGGGGGCGAGAAAACGCUGCUGA